AUAAGGGAAUGAUCAUACAGCCAUUAUUGUGUUGUGUACUCGUCUUUAUGGCAGUGUGCACAGUCUGGCAAGAACCGGGAAGACAGAAGCAGCCUGUCAGAUGUGUGUUUUUGAUAUUGAAAGAUUAUAUAGCCUAGUGUCCACAUAAACUAUAUGAAAGUGGUAUAAGAGAAAAGGAAAUGCUGGGGUAAUUUUCUCUUUGUUGAGCAGGUGUCAGAUGAGGCAGAGAUGGUGUGGGCUAGGGAAGUAAGGCUUUCCUGGAGGAGUAGUAGAAUUAGACAGGUGAAGGAGAGGAUGUCUCAUUUGCAGUGUCGUGCCAUGGGCUAUUCCAGAGGCAGGGACACGGGGAACACAACAGACACACUUCCCACCCAUGUGGAGCUCACACUCGAUGAGGAGAGAGAGGAAACAAAUUCUUAAAGAAUUUAUCAAGAAUAUCAGUUAACAUGAUCAAGAAUUCCAGAUAGGGAUAAGGCUGUCAGCGACUACAACAGGCCAGUGUGUUAGAGAGUGGUAAGGUUUGAGUACUUGAGGCAGAGGGAUAGCCAGUGCAAAGGCCCUGAGGCCACUGUGAGGGAGGAGACCCAUGUGGCUGGAGGACAUGGAGGAGCAUUGUAGGAAAUGGAGUAGGCAGCCACCAGUGAGGCUGGUAGGGCGAGGGUAAGAAUUUUCGUUAUUCUAAGUUCAGUGGGAAGCCAUUAUCAGGUUUUAAGGCAGGGGAGAGAUUGUUUUCAAUUGGUGUUUAGACCAGUGUUUCUAAAACUGUCGCAAAAGACCAGUUGUUUUAUUUCUAAUCUGUUGUAGACCAGAAUUUUUAUAAAAUGUAGUAAAAAUGAAUGACCAGAAAAGGGAACACGUGCGUCACAGCAUGUCAGAUUGCUAUAAAUGGUUCUAAACAGUUAUUCUGUAACAACCAGUCCCUGAAACUGGCAUCAGUUUAUGGACUGUGGUUUGAGUAGUGCCUUUUUAGAAGGAAUUCUCCAGUUGCUAUUUAAAGACCAAAUAUGCUGGGAGUGGGUGUGUUGGUUCUCCCUUUCAGCUGGAAACAACAGCAUCCCCUGUUCUCUGAUGAACUCCAGAGGGAUGACUCUGUGAUACAACUAGAUUGCCGGAGUCGCUGGGAGGACUGAAGAAGCUGACUCUGGGCUUGGCCUCUCGGAAGUCGCUUCUCACAGCUGCUGUCCAUGAUUAGGCUGCUGCCCCUGCCACUGACAACACUCUGCGGAAUAAAGCUGCUGCAGUCACCAGGCCUGGAAUAAGGCCGCCUCUGCCAGGGCUGGCUGAGGCUGUCAUACCAUGCUACUCUGGCGACCGUCGCUCAGUGCUAUUCCCACUGAAACCGUAGCACAUGCACUCUGAAUGUUGCAGAGCAGUGGCCGGUGUUGGAGGUGAUGCGUGUGCUAAUUGCACUGAUUUCAUCCUUACACAUUGUAUGUACAGAUCAAAAUAACACUCUCUGGAUCCGAUGAAUAGGGAGAAGAUACCCAUUAUCAGAAAAAAAAAUUAUGCACUAUAUGUACCAGUUAUGUAAAUCCCUUGAUCAUAUUCACAGAAAUGGAAUAUUUCACAGAGAUGUAAAACCAGAGAAUAUCCUCAUAAAGCAGGAUGUCCUGAAAUUAGCGGACUUUGGCUCCUGCCGGAGUGUCUAUUCCAAGCAGCCGUACACAGAAUACAUCUCCACCCGCUGGUACCGGGCCCCGGAGUGUCUCCUCACUGACGGGUUCUACACAUACAAGAUGGACCUGUGGAGCGCCGGCUGCGUGUUCUACGAGAUCGCCAGUCUGCAGCCCCUCUUCCCUGGAGCAAAUGAAUUGGACCAAAUCUCAAAAAUCCACGAUGUCAUCGGCACACCUGCUCAGAAGACCCUUACCAAGUUCAAACAGUCGAGAGCUAUGAAUUUUGAUUUUCCUUUUAAAAAGGGAUCAGGAAUACCUCUACUGACAACCAAUUUGUCCCCACAAUGCCUCUCCCUCCUGCAUGCAAUGGUGGCCUAUGAUCCCGAUGAGAGAAUUGCCGCCCACCAGGCCCUGCAGCACCCCUACUUCCAAGAACAGAGGAAAACAGAGAAGCGGGCUCUGGGCAGCCACAGAAAAGUUUGCUUUUCAGAGCACCCUGUGGCACCGGAACCACUCAGUAACAGCUGGCAGAUUUCAAAGGAGAGCAGAAAGCAGAAACAAUCGCUAAAGCAGGAGGAGGACCAUCCCAAGAGACAAGGGCCGGCCUACGUCAUGGAACUGCCCAAACUAAAGCUUUCGGGGGUGACCAAACUGUCGUCUUACUCCAGCCCCACGCUGCAGUCUGCACUUGGAUCUGGAACAAGUGGGAAGGUGCCGGUGCUGAGACCCUUGAAGUUCAUGGGCGCGAGCAAGAAGAACUCCAGAACGGAAGCAAGCACGAGGCCUCACCCGUCCUCCUCCACCCCAUUCAAGCACGUCCGUCCCUCCACCCUCUGCUGGGCACCUGUGUGCUGCCCGGCUACAUCGCCGCCCUUCUCAUGUGAACCCACCGAACCCACCCUUGCCCACCCACUUCACCCUCCUGACCUGAAGAGGAGCCCCACAUCCCACUGUGGGGGUGGGGGCUCGUGGUGUGGGCAGAUGCAGUAAGCAGCCAUCUCCAUCCGGCACUCAGACGGUGCUCACCUUCCUGUGACAGGCGGCAGCAGCGCGACUGUGACCUCCCAUCUCCUGCUCUGCUGCCCCGACACCUGCGGUGCAGCUAGCCUGCCACGGGGCGGCCAGACCCACGCCUGGCACAGCCCACCUCUUCCUGGCUUCGUUCCCCAAUGCCGGAAGUGUAAGACAGCACAAGGCAACGAGUGGGAAAAGCACACCCAAAUCUUACCAGGGAAGCUCGUCUUUUCAGGGCGCUUGAGUGAGGGCAUGGCCAGCCUUGACGCUGCCUUGCAGCAUCUGCCCCGGGCCUGCUGAAUGCUUGGGUCCAUGGUGGCAGUGGCAGGGACAGUUACGAGGCAGUUAGAUUUUGGAAGCCAUCUUGGACCACUUAGCUACGGACCAAUCUUAGGAACAGCACCACAAAAAUAAAGAUUUAUUCCUGGCACAGAUGCGUCUAUAGUAAACAGGCGUUUCUGACAGCAUUAGUACAGCGACGGCCCAAUGCAAACUGUGUUCCGGAACCCAGUGAAGGGUGACAGAUCGGGCUGAGUGAUGCCGCACGAGCGAUGCUAUCUUGGGGCCAGCGAAAGCUUCAGACAUGCUGGGUCAUCUGACCAGACUGCUCUUUACAUCGUCAUUGUCCUGGUGUUAGAUUUCUACCUGCCACUUCCCACAGACAGACAGGAAACAGAAUAAGAUGACUGACUGGUUUAAGAAUUCUAGACCUGGCCCGGUGUGGUGGCUCACACCUGUAAUCCCAGCACCUUGGGA